UCUCCACCCCUCCCUCCCUCUCUCCGGUCCAUAAGCAGGAAGAACAGAUCUCUGCACAGACCAGUAGAGACGAGACAGCCGAGGGAGCAGAAGGAAGAGGGAGACGAGAGAAAAACAGAAUAUAGAAAAAGAAAGAGAGAACGAGGGAGAGAGCGAGAAAGAGAGAGAGAGAGAGAGAAGCAUCAUGGACGCCUUUAAGAAGGGAUUCUCCAUGGCGAAGGACGGCGUGGUCGCCGCCGCCGAGAAGACGAAGGCCGGCGUGGGCGAGGCCGCCACCAAGACCAAGGAGGGGGUCUUCUACGUCGGUGAGAGGGCGGAGGGAGGGAGGGAUGGAUGGAGGGAUGGAGGGAAGAAACUGAGGAAGGGAAGGAGAGAAAGGAGAGAAAGGAAAGGAAGGAGAGAAAGG